AUGGACACUUCAUCUAUGAUAAAGAAUCAUGUCGAGAAACCGGAAAAAUUCAAAGGAACGGAUUUUAGACGCUGGCAACGGAAGAUGUUGUUUUAUUUAACAACUCUUCACGUCUCCAACGUAUUGAUGGAUGACGAGCCCCGAAAUCCACCCGUGAGUCUUGGACAAAAUGUUCCAACCGCUGCUCAAACGAAACAAUUUGAGAAAGCGGUCGAAACUUGGAAGAGCAAUGAAUAUAAUUGUAGAAAUUAUAUUCUAAACGCUCUCGAUGAUUCCCUAUAUGAUAUCUACUCAACUUUCAAAACCGCGAGAGAGAUAUGGGAAUCAUUAGAGCGUAAGUAUAAAACCAAAGUUGCUUGUUCCAAACGAUUUGUGGUAGGAAAAUUCCUACACUACAAGAUGAUUGACUCUAAAUUAAUUGUCAAACAAGUCGAGGAACUCCAAGUCAUCACUCACGAGUUGGAAGUGGAAGGUAUGGGCAUCAACUCUAACUUUAUGGUAGGGUUUAUAAUUAAGAAGUUACCUCCGUCAUGGAAGAACUUCAAAUUAUACCUGAAACAUUUAACUGAUGAUAUGAGCUUUGAACAACUUGUCCUCAAACUCCGAGUUGAGGAGGAUAACAGGUUGUCUGAAAAAGCCGAUGCUAGUUGCCUUGAGCCAAAUGAAAAUAUGGUGGCUCUAAGCACCUCUAAGGGGAAGUUUCAAAAAUUUAAGGGCAAAGGCAUUGCCCCUAAACCAUCGUUUAAAAACUCUCUUGCCCCACAGAAAAAGAACUUCAAAAGGGCAAAAGAUUGUAGACACAAGAGAGAUCACGGUGGUGGUGGAAAUGGUGGCGGAGGUGCUGGACCGUCUCACCAAGCCAACAUGGCUAAUUCUGAAACGCAAUUCAUCGGCAUGGUGGAAGCAAACUUGGUGACUAACACUAUGGAUCGGUGGUUUGAUACCAGAGCCACUAAACACAUUUGCAACACCAAAGGCUCAUUUGCUACAUACCAAAAAGUUAGUGAUGAAGAACUGAUGUCUAUCGGGAAUACGGCGACGGCGAAGGUAGAAGGCAAAGGGAAAAUGAUUCUGAAACUCACUUCCAGGAAAGACCUCGUUCUUACAAACGUGCUACAUGUACCUGAUAUUAGGAAGAAUUUAAUUUCUGGUCCUAUGUUAAGUAAUAAGGGAUUCAAGAUUGUGUUUGAAUCCAAUAAGUUUGUAAUUACUAAAGGGGGUCUCUACGUACAUGAUUGA